AUGAAAAAAGGAGAAGACCAAUAAAGUUCAGGCUUUCUUAGAUACAUCAUCCUAUUAUUAUCAUGUAUAGCUUUAGUAAAUAACAUGUGAAUACUAUAGUAUGGAAAUAUGUUUAUAUUUGAUUAACCUGCAUUAUUAAAGGAACAAAUAAUGCAAACAUAUAGUCCAAUAUAUGGAGAACAUUUAACAAGUUUCUAUUUUAGCUUUAUGUAUUCAUUCUAUUCCAUUCCAAAUAUAAUAUUACCAUUAGUUGGAGGAUUUAUGAGUGAUAUAUUUGGUAAUAUUAUCAUUUAUGCAAAUUUAGGUUAUAGAAAGAUGUCAAUAAUAUUCAUGUUCUUUGUUAUUCUAGGUUAGGGAUUCUUAUAUUUUGGAAGUUCAGUUGGCAAUUUUAAAUAUAUGAUUUUGGGUAGAUUUAUGUUUGGAUUGGGAGGUGAAUCACUAUUUGUUGCAAGUUCAAUUAUUAUUAAUAAAUGGUUUGUAGGUAAAGAAUUGUCAUUUGCUAAUGUAUAUUAUAUAGAUAUAAUAAUAAUGUUAGGCAUUAAAUUUGAGUUUGAUUAGAAGUGCCACAGUAUUGGGUACUUAUGUAUCUCCAAGAAUUGCUGAAAAAUCUGGUAUGACAACUGCUUUUGGAGUUGGAUUUGGAAUUACUUUGAUUUCUGGAGCUUCUCUGUUGAUUCUGAAUUUCAUAGAUUCUUAUACAGAAAUCUUAUAAAAAAGAAAUCUACAGAAAACUGAAGGUUUAUUGGAUAAUAGCAUUUAAGUAAUGGAUUUCAAAGAACUUGUAAAAUAGAUAUUUGAAGAUAUUGGAACAUUUCCUAAAGUAAAAUAACAAAAUUUAAUUAAUUUCUAGAUAUUUUGGAUCUUAACUUUAAUAAUGACCACAUUUUAUACUUCAGUCUUGAUUUUUAUCUCAUUUUCUAGUGGCAUUAUAAUAGAUUUAUGGUUACCAGCAGAUGCACCAAUAGAAUAAAAUUAAGAAGUAGCUGGUGAAUUGAUGGGUAUUCCCUAUUUGUGUUGUACAUUCCUAAGUCCUUUUGUUGGAUUAAUGGUUGAUAAGGUUGGUUAAAGAAUAAAGUUUCUUGCAAUAGGAUGUGCUUUAGUUUUUUUGGGUUUGGUAUUGAUGCUCUUGUUUUAUCCUAUAUUUUGUAUGCUUACUUUGGGAUUAUCUUAUGCUCUAUUUGCUAGUACAAUAUGGACAAGCAUUGCAUUUGUUGUGAAAUAGAAAUAAUUAGUAAAAUUUAACUAUACAAAGGGGCACAGCAUUUGGUGUAAUGAAUUCUGUUCAAAAUUUUGCUUUCUUUUUGAUGCCUUUAUUUAUAGCCUUUAUUUCAGCUGAAGCCUCUUCUUAAGUAUCAGUAGUCCUAUUCUUUUUAAUACUAGCUUGUGUUUCAUUAAUCAUAGCCAUCUAUUUAUAUAUUGAAGAUCGUAAUCGAUUAGGUAAGACUCAUUUAUAUAUAUAUAUAAUUAGUCUCUUUGAAUUCAAAUGAUCAAAAGAAAUUAAUGAAUUAUGUAAACAAUCAAACAGAAGAUGGAGAAGAAUUUGAAGAAGAAGAAAUAAUUGAAACAAAAUGAU